CCACUAAUCUUUAAACCUAACUUUAUGCUUAAUUUAAGUUUGAAUUUAUUUACAUCAAACUUCACUUCAUUUCAUUGUGUUAUUUGCUCUCUCUGGAAAUUCAAGAUCAAGUCAAAGGCAAAGAUGAAUGAAUGUGCAGAUGAUUAUAGCCAUGAAUUUGAUUAUCAGUCAGAUUUCACACAGUUUUGUUUGAUCCCAUUUCUUGAAAGAAGCCAAAAACAGCACCUUCCAAGUGAAUCUAAAUGGAGUAGAGAAACAGGAGACAAAACAGUUGGAUUGGGAGAAAAAGCACAGGAAAUCGUGGGGAAAAAAAUCCCUAUUUUCUUGGUUGAAGAAUGGCACUAGAAGUAAAACACUCAACCAACCAUCUCACUCUCACACCACUUGGCCCGCCUCGAGGGCGAAGCGGGCUAACGUGUCGGGCCCAAUCAGACGAUCUACCGGUGUUGAUAGUGCAUCGUCUGAAAGGACCCGACGUGCGGCGUCCGGGCCCCUAGCCGGGCUUUUUGGUUCGACCGGUAGCCCAAAAGGAGCAUACAUGUGCCUUGGAGAGAUUAAAGAGCAGAAGAUUCAAGCUUAUUGGCCUAUAUAUGUGGUCACAUGGAGUAGAUGUUUUUUGUUUGAUUUUUAAGGUUUUUUUUUUUACACCUGUUUGAUUUUUAAGGUUAAUUUUGGGAGAUAUAGAAUUUAUUGAA